CAGAGCCCUCUUUCUAUCGGCGGCCGGCGGCCGGACAAGUCCUAUGUCUCACCGAAAGUUCUCAGCUCCCCGGCAUGGCCACCUUGGGUUCCUGCCGCAUAAGCGUAGCCGGCGCCACCGAGGGAAAGUCAAGACCUGGCCCAAGGAUGACCCCAGUAAACCAGUCCAUCUCACGGCUUUUCUGGGUUACAAGGCUGGGAUGACCCAUACGCUUAGAGAGGUCCAUCGAACAGGACUCAAGAUUUCAAAACGGGAGGAGGUAGAAGCAGUGACCAUCAUAGAGACACCGCCACUAGUAGUGGUGGGAAUAGUGGGAUAUGUGGAGACACCGCGUGGAUUGCGGAGUUUGAAAACCAUAUUUGCAGAGCACAUCAGCGAUGAGUGCAAGAGGCGUUUCUAUAGAAACUGGUACAAGAGCAAGAAAAAGUCUUUUACAAAGUACAGCAAGAAAUGGCAAGAUGAAGAGGGCAAGAAACAGCUGGAAAAAGACUUCUCGGCAAUGAAGAAAUACUGUAAGGUUAUCCGGGUCAUCGUGCACACUCAGAUGAAACUCCUGCCCUUGCGUCAGAAGAAAGCUCAUGUUAUGGAGAUCCAGCUGAAUGGUGGCACUGUAGCUGACAAGGUGGACUGGGCCCAUGAGAAGCUGGAGAAACAGGUCCCUGUAAACUCUGUCUUCGGCCAGGAUGAGAUGAUUGAUGUCAUUGGUGUCACCAAAGGCAAAGGGGUGAGAGGUGUGACCUCUCGUUGGCAUACCAAAAAGUUGCCUCGUAAAACGCACAAGGGUUUGCGCAAAGUGGCCUGCAUUGGAGCGUGGCAUCCGGCCCGAGUGGCGUACACCAUUGCCCGAGCUGGGCAGAAGGGCUAUCACCAUCGUACAGAGAUCAACAAGAAGAUUUAUCGCAUCGGCAAAGGAGUUCACAUGGAAGACGGUAAAGUUGUUAAGAACAAUGCAGCAACUCAGUACGAUAUUACGGACAAAUCCAUCACGCCACUAGGUGGGUUCCCUCAUUAUGGGCAAGUCAACAAUGACUUUCUCAUGCUUAAAGGGUGCGUCGUGGGAACAAAAAAACGGGUCCUAACUCUGAGGAAGUCCUUGUUGGUCCACACUAGCCGCCGUGCCCUUGAGCCUAUUGAGCUGAAGUUCAUAGACACUACCUCCAAGUUCGGCCAUGGAUGCUUCCAAACAGACCAAGAGAAGAGAGCCUUUAUGGGCCCUCAAAAGAAGCACAUGGUCAAAGACAAACCUGAGCCGGAGACUGAGCUGUAGAAGCCAAACCUGGUCGCCAUUUCUCAGCUUCCAUAUUAAACUUUAAAUAUUGA